CAUCCAUUCGAUUCUUAGUUACGAGAGUUCUUACAUAUAAAAAAUAAAAAUGUUUUUCAAAACUUUGAUCUUUGCCGCGCUAUUGGCCUGCAUUAACUGUAGAUAUAUUCUAAUUGACGAAGAUUAUUUGCCUGAAUUAUUAGAGCACUCAAGAGUAAGGAGACAAGUGCAGGUGGGAGCUGGUCUUGAUAAUAAGGGGAACUGGGACUUGGCAGGCAAAGUGCCGCUUGCGAAGUCUGAUACUAACAUUCUCAGUGCGACUGGUAUGGCUACGAUGGACCCUAGCAACAAGCUGACAUCGUACGGAGCUGGUGUGGCUUUGGAUAAUAUAAAUGGCCACGGACUCAGCCUGUCUGGCAGACAGAUCCCAGACUUCGGGAAGCAGUUGACAGCUGCGGCCAAGUUAAAUGUUCUCAACACACCUAACCACAAUUUGGAUGCGAAUGCAUUUGUCACAAAGAACAUGCCAAGUAUACCGAAUGUACCCAACUUCAACACGUAUGGUGGAGGCGUCGAUUACAUGUACAAGGACAAACUUGGAGCUUCACUAGGCGCAGCACGCACUGAUUUCCUUCAAAAAACUGAUGUAUCUGCUAUGGGAAAACUAAAUCUCUUCAAGACCCCUAGCUCGUCAUUUGAUUUCGGCGCUGGUGCAACGCGAUCCUUUUCUCCGUUCAUACCAAAAAGCAGCUGGGAACCGGCGUUUAAGUUUAACUUUAUGAAAUCAUUUUAAAUAGUUAAAAACUGUAGCAAAAAAAUUGUAUUAUGGGUUUUGUAUCUCGGUCAUAUCCUUUCGUAUUAUUGUAUAGUUCUUGACGUCGAGUUAUUAUAGUGGAGACGUUUCACUUACAACGCUUAAAUAUAUUUAUUUGUAAACUUUUCUUAUAUGUAUGUUUUAUAAAACCAGUGUUGACAAAUAAAAAAAUACAUUAUA